ACCAUAAAGACAGAUUUAUUAGGUGUAGAAGGUUUAGAGGAACCUAUUAGACGAGGAACCAGGAGUUCCAGUACGAUGGACGGACGUCAGAUUCCGGGACCCCCUGGUGCACAGGCUCCGUACAGUCUUCCACCCAGCAGCGACGUCAAAGCCAAUGGAAUGAUGAAUGGACAGCCCGAUAAGGCGCUACUGAGAGCACAACAGGAGGUGGACUUACUGAACCACUGCUUCGAGGAGAUCGAGACCUUCAUGGCGAGGCUGCAGAAGGCGGCUGAAGCUCAGAGUGUUCUGGAACAGAGGAACAAGAAGAAGAGGAGGAGCAGGGUGGACGAUGAUCCCCUGAUUGCGAAAGCAAAGGUUCCUCCAAAAGACGAGUUCGUCCAGAUCUUUCAGAAGUUCAAGUACAGCUUCUGUCUCCUGGGGAGGCUGAAGUCGGUCAUCUCUAACCCCACCUCUGAGGAGCUGCUGCACUACCUCUUCAAACCUCUGGACAUGAUGGUGAAGACUACAGGCGGGCCUGCACUAGCAUCAUCAGUGACGAGUCCAUUACUGACAGUGGGAGGCAUAACACUGCUGAAGGAGAACCUCACACUGGAGGAGCACAAACUCUGGAGCUCACUGGGGGCUUACUGGACCCAACCACGAUCAGCACUAAACAUUUCGAGCCCUCCGUACUUUCCCGUCUUUAUGAACGGAUGGAGACCAGCAGGGUCGGAUGCUGACGGCUGGAUGGACCCAAUCCAGGCAGAACACAGGAGGGACACAGAGCGGGAAAAUCAGAAGUUACAGGGUUCUCUCCAGCCACCCUCCUCUCCUGCAGUUCCUGUGACCCCGGUGGCCCCUGUGGCCCUCGCAGCCAUCGUGGCUCCUGUGGCUCUGGUUAAUGAACUCAACUCCAACACAGAGACAGAAACCGACGGAGCCCCGCCCCAGGAGAGACUCUACAGCUGCAGCUACGACUUUGUGGCUCGAAACAGCAGCGAACUGUCAGUCCUGCAGGGGGAGACGCUGGAGGUGGUCGAGGCGUCCAAGCGAUGGUGGAAGUGUCGAAACAGGUUCAACGAAGUCGGCUUCGUUCCUUUCAAUAUCUUGGAGCCGCUGUCACACGUGGAGAGCGCAAUGAGCAACAAAUCACCCAAGGCUCCAUCUCCUCCCACCAUGCUGAAGACGAGCACCUUGCCCCUGCCCACGUCUCUCGGUGUGCCCACUGCGGACUUCAAACAGCGACCCCGCAGCAUCGCCCUUCCACCUCAGCACUCACCCGCGGAUUCAGAGAAAGUGAUGCAGGUGAACGAUGAGCUCCUGAAGAGACUGACCUCCGGGAAAGCACCUUUAAAUCGUUCCUUGGUCAUACCUCGAUCCGCCGAGACCGCCGUUCCUCUGGACUAUCACUCGCCCCCCGCUGAGGUGGAGACCUGGUUACAGGGGAAGGGAUUUAGUGAAUCGACGGUACAGUGUUUGCGGGUGUUGACGGGAGCUCAGCUCUUCUCCCUGAAUAAAGAGGAACUACGAGCUGUGAUUCCUGAUGAAGGACCUCGAGUGUACAGUCAACUCACCGUCCAGAAAUCCCUGCUGGAGGACGUACAUAAAGCAUCAGAGCUGGAGACGGUGAUGGAGAAGCAGAAGAUGAAAGUGGAUCUGACGGUGGAGACUGGAACUCUUUAGCACCUCAGAACUGGUCCCAUUUCACCCCCCCCCCCCCAUGAACCCUCUUUUUAUUAAUGUUUUACAUUUAUAAUAACGUUAAA